UGAAGGACUCAGCCCACAAAACAUCACCUGGGAUUCACUACACCUAACGCCGAUAAGCAAAACAAAUACCUAUAGAGCACCAUCUCACCACCACCACAUUAACAGCGGAACAAAACCAAGAUCCACAACAAAACAGAGCCCGAUCAAGGUCAAACUCAGAGUUUUAACAUAGAACAACCCAAACACUAAGGCAGGACACUCUAAUAGCCUUUGUUGCUACCUCCUUUGUCGCCUGAGAAAGCAUUGAGCCCAGUAAAAAUUGAGCCAUCUACGCUAAAAAACACCAUUGAGGCACUAUCAGAGGGGAAAGCAGAGCCUACUCUAGUUACAGGGGGGGUUGGAUGACAUAACAGGACCUACCAACUACAGCGUGUUUAACCCCCAAGCUGAAUGCCAUCCCAGACAAAGCUCAAACCUCUCUUGCUCCGAUCCAGCAAAGAUCUCCUCGAAACCUACAUUCCCACACAGAUCGGCAACUAGACCUUUAAUUGAAAUACCACGAUCUGUCAUGCACAAACUAACACAAUAAAACCCAUCAUGUACACCCUGACCAGAGGCAGGGAAGGUCGACCCAUCCUCUAGGUCAGGGGAGCCUUUCCCAUCCCCAGAGAUAGAGGAAGGCUCACCAGAGAACGAAUCCCUCGACUUUUCCAAGAAAGAAAGAUGAAUUGUUAAACAGAGAAAAAUUCCCUCUCUAAAAGAAAAGAGAGAGAUGGGACAUGACCUAUCGCUACUUGUGGGAGGGUUAAAUUAGAAUGUCAAAUUAAUGACUUUAGAACUUGCAGGGACAAUAACUACAUCUCAAUAAUGCCUUUUUUGCUUUUCAAUAUACCAAUUUCAGAGUAUUAAAACUCUAGCAUAUAUAUAUAUUAUUUGCUGAGGGAAAGAAAGAAACCUCCAAAUGUUAACAGAAGUAUAUGCAUGGAAUUCCUUUAUCAGGAACAUAGUAUAAAAAUGUUUCCCCAUGUUGAAGAAACCUCAUACCUUCUCUGUUAGUGUGUGUUUUAUUGACUAAAAUCUGCUUUGUAAUACCACAGUUUAGAAGAGGAAGGAGGCACAAGUUUUAUUUUUGAGGGAACCAGCAAAAAAUGUUCCCUGAAAGUUGUUAUGAGAGUCCACAAUCCCCAGUUUUACUGGAAGGUAAUGACCUGGGCUGAUAUAGGCCUUGCAGAUGCUUAUAUGAAUGGAGAUUUUUCCUUUCCAGACACCGAUGAAGGUCUGCUAAAUCUAAUCUUGGUGCUGAUUGCCAAUAGAGAAGCAAAUAAAUCGGUCUCAAAAUUGAAUAAGAAACGGGGUUGGUGGACACCCUUGCUUUUCACAUCUGGUAUUACAUCUGCAAUAGCUUUCUUGAAGCAUGUUUUAAAUCAAAAUACCCUUGCACAAGCUCGCAGGAAUAUCUCUCAUCAUUAUGACAUGAGCAAUGAGAUUUUUGCUAUGUUCUUGGGUGAAACAAUGGCAUACUCCUGUGCAAUAUUUAAGACUGAAGAUGAAGACUUGAACACAGCACAACUGAGGAAAUAUUCCCUUCUGAUUGAAAAGGCACAAAUCAAUAAGGAGCAUGAAGUUCUUGAGAUCGGUUGUGGUUGGGGAGGGUUGGCUAUUGAAGUUGUCAAGCAAACAGGAUGCAACUACACUGGCAUCAGUCUAUCGAAGGAGCAGCUAAAAUUAGCAGAAAUGAAAGUUAAGGAAGCUAACCUCCAGGAUCGUGUCAGAUUUCUUCUCUGUGACUAUCGUGAAUUGCCAGAAACUUACAAAUAUGAUAGAAUCUUAUCCUGUGAAAUGGUGGAACAUGUUGGCCAUGAAUACAUGGAAGAGUUCUUUGGCUGCUGUGAAUCUAUAUUGGCAGAAGAUGGCAUUUUUGUUCUACAGUUCUCAUCGGUUGCAGAACAAGAUUAUGAUGAGGCCAGGCGAACUUCAGGUUUUGUCACAGAACAUAUUUUCCCAGGAGGAUGCUUGCCCUCCUUAACAAGGAUAACAUCUGCCAUGGGUGCUGCAUCGAAACUACGUGUGGAGAGCGUGGAAAAUAUAGGAAGGCAUCUCUACAGGACGAUGAAAUGCUGGAGGAAAAGUUUCCUGGAGAACCGGAGCAAAAUUCUUGGUAUGGGAUUCGACGAAAAGUUCAUUAGAAAAUGGGAAUAUUAUUUUGACUAUUGUGCGGCUGGUUUUAAGUCCGAGACGCUUGGAAAUUAUCAGGUUGUCUUUUCAAGGCCUGAUAGCUUUGUGGCGUGAGGCGAUGGUUAAUUUUCAAGAAAUGUCACACCAAGAAAGCUGAAAUUGUUACUUUUGUCUUGUCAUUAAUCUGUUCUGAAACUUUCUUGAUUUAGCCACUGUUACAUCACAACCAGACAGAAUUUUCUACGUGAAGUAAGUUUACUUUGAUCAAUACGUGAAGUUUCGAUAAGUGUAGAGUGCUUGGGAAUCUAUGUGGGACGUUUAAUUAAGAGGUGUUGAUGUACGUAUGGUUAGGGAGGGCUACAUAUACCCAUCUAAGGUAUUGUGUUAUGUAGAGUGAAGUUAUCUAUAAUAUUAUUGUUUUAAUA